AUUAUUUCCUGUGGCGUUUGAAAAUGAGUCUAAUAUUUUAACAAAGCCGCCAGAUAUUAUUGAACAUUUGACAAUGUUAUCUAUCUUUUCGCUUGAAAUCUUUACAAACUGAGCACACCUCAGAGGUUGUUAGACCAUUAUAGGACAUAAGACGAUCAGUUAAAUAAAAGUUAAACGUGUAAAACAUUUGCUUUCACAUAUAAUUCCGUAAACAGGUAGUUACAGAGAUAUUGUAUAAGGUGAAUAUAUUCAGAAACAUGGAAUACGACGCAAUUGUAAACAAAAUUGGUGGAUUUGGUAAAUAUCAAAAGAUCAUCAUCGUCCUACUCUCUAUAGCACCCAUAUUUAAUGCAUUGACAACAUUUGCUAUGAAUUUUACAUUUGGAGAGCAUGAUCACAGAUGCCGACCGCCCCAUGAUCAGGAAGGAAACGAAUCUCUACACAAACAAAUAUACUUUGAAAAUACAUCUGUAAUAGUUACUGAUCACGAGUAUAAUGUAACGAAAUGUUCAAUGAUGAUAAAUGGAUCUGAAACUAAAUGUAGCAGCUGGGUAUAUGACCAUAGUGUAUUUGUAGAAACCAUCAUAUCUAAGUUUGAUGUUGUGUGUGAAAAAAAGUUUUACCGAGCUCAUUUCUUAAUGAGUCACUAUCUUGGUCUUCUUGUUGGAUCAUUAUUCACUGGUUUUCUGUCGGACACGUUUGGUCGUAAACCUUUACUUGGUCUUGGCAUAGCUCUUUUACUGAUAUCAACGGCUGUAAGACCUUUGAUUCCUAGCUUAGACGUAGUGACAAUCUUUGAGUUUUUCAACGGUUUUGGGAGUGUUAUAUACUACAUAGUUCCUUAUGUUCUAGCAACAGAGCUCGUUGGGCCUAAACACCGACUUUUUGCCUCGUUCUGUGUGUAUUUUACAUUCUGUAUUGGCUGUUACAUUUUACUUUUAUUGGCAUUUUUCAUCCGCAAUUGGGAACAUUUAAUGUUGGCUAUCAGUGUAAUUAUUGGUGGAUACAUCAUAAUUUUGUUAUUUAUUUCUGAAUCACCUCGUUGGCUGUUGAGUCAAGGAAAGCGAAAAGAAGCAAUUGCGAUUUUGCAAAAGAUUGCCAAAACUAAUGGAGAAAACAUCAACCUCUCGUCUGAAGAUAUAACUGUCCAUAAGGAGAAAAAUGCAUCAAUUUUCAGCUUCGUGAAAGCAUUAAUGAAAUCGAAGAUAUUAUGCAUGCGACUGUGCAUAGUGGCACUGAACUGGUUUGCACUCAGUUUGACAUAUUAUGGAAUAUCAAUGAAUGUUGCAAAAUUUGAUGGAAACAUUUACGUCAAUUUUGGGAUAUCCAGUACAGUGGAAACAGUUGCAUGUUUCUUUUGUUUAUUGGGUCCAGAUAGAUUUGGGCGAAAAGUGUUUUUCUGUUCAUCAAUGGUUAUUGGUGGUCUGACAUGUUUCUGUACUAUUUUUACGUCUCUUUAUGCAUCUGAAUCUCUUAGUUGGUUGACAAUUACUUUAGCAAUGGGUGGGAAAUUCUUUACAACCAUUGCCUUCUUCUUUGCAUAUCUGAUAACGGCGGAAUUAUUUCCAACUGUAUUGAGAGCAUCAGCGCUUGGGUUAUGCAGCAUGUCAGGUCGAAUAGGAUCGAUUACCUCAGCAUAUAUAGGAGAAUUGGAUUCAUUUAUUUCAACACAGUUCGGUAAAGCUUUACCAUUGAUUAUAUUUGGAGCCGUAGGACUGUUUGCGGGACUUCUUGCUGCUUUAGCCUUACCAGAAACAGUCAAAACACUGCUCCCAGAGUCAGUAAAAGACGCAAAGACUUUAAAUAAUAAUCUAACACAAGAAGUAGAACAUGUGCAGGAAUUGGAUUCAUUAAAGGAAACAACGUGAUUACACAUAUAUUACACAUAUAUUGGAAAUUGAUAUCACUGCCUAUUGUUCAUAGUUUUUGUAAUAAUAAGUAACAUUUUUUUAAACUUUUAAAUAAAUAAGAUAUCUUUAUUAAUAAAAGAAGUUACCAAA